UGCUUCCUGUCCUCAGUUCUACGCACCCUGAUGGGACACAAGGCCAGGGUGACGGGUCUGGGCUUCCACCCACUGGGGAACUUCAUGGCCUCCAGCUCCAUGGACACCAACAUCAAGCUGUGGGACGUCCGCAGGAAGGGAUACGUGUUCCGCUACAAGGGUCACACGGACGCCAUCAGGAGUUUGGUGUUCAGUCCGGAUGGGAAGUGGCUGGCCUCGGCGAGCGACGACUGCACAGUGAAGCUCUGGGAUCUUUCUCAGGGGAAAACCAUCACCGAGUUCAAGGCCCACUCCGCAGCCGUCAACGUGGUCCAGUUCCAUCCCAACGAGUACCUGCUGGCGUCCGGCAGCUCCGACAGGAGCAUCAAGCUGUGGGACCUGGAGAAGUUCUCCAUGGUCGGCUCUCUGGAAGGAGAAACGGCUGUGGUCAGGUGCCUGGCGUUCAGUCCGGACGGUUCCUGUCUCUACAGCGGCGCGUCCGACUCCCUGCGGGUCUUCGGCUGGGAGCCCGACCGCUGCUUCGAUGUGGUUCCUGUUGGAUGGGGGAAGGCGUCCGACCUCGCCGUGAUCGGCCAGCAGCUGAUCGGCGUGUCCCACCAGCUGUCCUGCAUAUCGUCCCACGUGGUGGACCUGAGCAGGGUGAAGAAAAGCGCCGCCGCCGUGAUCCAGGACAUCAUCCAGGAUAACAAGCCGCUCCAAGAUCCGGCGCAACCCAGAGCGGCAGCGCUGCGGCGGAACUACGACAGUCCCGCCACCAACUGCAGCUCCCACAGGAUGAAGCGCUCCGACAAUGACAGGCGGAGCCCCGACGGAGAGAGGCGGAGCCAGAGCGAGGACGAGGCAGAGCAGUCGUCGGCAGAGAUCCACUGCGCGGCCGAUUACAAAGAGAUCUUCACGCCGAAGCGCGCCAUCUCUCGGACCCCCCCCAGGAUCCCGGAGCCGUUUCCGGCUCCUCCUGAUGAUGAUGGUGUGGCGGCCAUCGGGCGGCAGCUGAAGGACCUGAUGCCGCCGUCUCCAGACAAGCAGCCAGUCAGCGAACGCAGCAACCUCAGUGAGGUGGAGCAAUUGCUUCUUCUACAGGCUCCGCCCCUCGCCAGCUCCACUCCUGCUCAGAGGGUCGAACCCAAAAUCAACUCCAGUGCAAAGCCUUGUAACCCCGCCCCUUCCAGCCAGCUGGCCCCUCCCCCUCAGGCGGUCCAGCAGCAGAGGAUGAUCCCAGGCAUCAGGAACAAGCCGCUCGGACUGAACGUGGCCGAUUUCCUGCCGUCCACAGCCAGCCACCAGGGCGGCGCUCUGAGCGACGACGACGUUCUGUCCCAGAUCAGCAAGGGCCACAACACCAUGUCUGUGAUCCUGAGCAGCCGCCACAAGAACCUGCAGACAGUCCGAUCCACGUGGGCCCGCGAGGGCGUCAAGAACGCCAUGGAUGCUGCCGUCUCCAUGAAUGACCUGUCCAUCACCUUUUUCAGCUCCUUGUGGAAGCUGGACCUGUGCACCAUGAUCCUCCCUCAGAUCGAUAAGCUGCUGCAGAGUAAAUAUGAGAGCUACAUGCAGACCGGCUCCACGUCCCUGAAGCUCAUCAUGAAGCACUUCUGGACGCUGAUCUCAGAGACGCUGAAGGCUCCGCCUGCCGUCGGAGUCGACAUCACGCGGGAGGAGCGACACCAGAAGUGCCGGGAGUGCUGCCGCUACCUGAAGAACCUGGGCAACCUGGUGAAGAGCAGGGCGGGGCAGGUCGGUCGCCAUGGCAGCAGCUUCAAGGAGCUGCAGCUGCUGAUGGCGCCGCUGGAUGACGGCCUCUGACCGCUGAUGGGAGCGGCUGAGGUUCCUGGAACUCUGGAUCCUGGUUCUACGGUUGGACUGAACAAAGCCUCCAGAACCAGUGCAGGUCCAAACCCACGGUGGAGCGUUUCCAGAAUCACUUUGCUUUGUUCUGUUCGAUUUCACAGAAACUUUGAUGAUUUAAUAAAAACUCCAGUUUGUUCAAUAAGCAGAACCUUUUCUGAGUGAUUUGAAAACUGGACCGGAAACCGGACCUGGAUCUAAAUCAAGACCAGGACUUGGACUUGAGGGAAACGGAGAAGAAUUUUAGAUGAUUUCAUCCAGUUUGGGUCCAUUUGGGUCUAAUGUGUCUCUUCCAGAACCACAGACCCAGUGAGCAGAACCUCAGGCACCAACCUACUGCCUUUAGGGUUAGAACCGGUUCUGCUCCGCUAUGAUCAGCAGGAAUGGAAGGGGAACCAUCGGCUCCACUUCAAGCUGAGCUUCA